AUUUUCUUUAUUUUCAAAGAUCCAUUUGGAAUUUAUCCUGCUGAAUGAUAUUAGGAAUGGAUCCACUUUUAUCUUUUUCCAUACACAGUGAAACAUGUGAGAGCUGGAACUAGACGGGACUGCCUUGUUUUUCCAGGUCUCACAAGUUUUCCACCUUUAACAGGGUGCAGUCUUACCGUAUUUCCAUUGCUUGUUUUGUGCUGCUGUUAUUGUUGUUUUUAGGUGCCAUCAAGUCAGUUCCAACUCACGGCGACCCUAUGUACGACAGGACAAAACACUGCCCGGUCCUGCACCAUCUUCGUGAUCCUUGUUAUGCUUAAGCCCAUGUUGCAGCCACUGUGUCAAUCCAUAUCAUUGAGGGCCUCCCUCUUUUUCGCUAACCCUUUACCAAACAUGAUGUCCUUCUCCAGGGACUGGUCCCUCCUGAUAACAUGUCCAAAGUACGUGAGACAAAGUCUCGUUAUUCUGGCUUUCAAGGAGCUUUCAAGGAGCGUACUUCUUCCAAGACAGGUUUGUUUGUUCUUUUAGCAGUCCAUAGUUCACUCAGUAUUCUUCGCCAACACCGUAAUGCAAAGGCAUCAAUUCUUCUAUCACCCUUAUUCACUGUCCAGCUUUCGUAAGUAUACGAGGCAACUGUGAACACCACGGCUUGGGUCAGGCGUGCUUUAGCCCUUAAAGCGACAUUGUUGCUUUUUAACAGUUCAAAGAGAUCUUUUGCAGCAGAUUUGCCCAAGGCAAUGUGUCUUUGAUUUCCUGACUGCUGCUUCCAUGGGUGUUGAUUGUGGAUCCAAGUAAAAUGAAAUCCUUGACAACUUCAACCUUUUGUCCAUUUAUUAUGAUGUUGCUUAUUGGUCCUGUUGUGAGAAUUUUUGUUUUCUUUAUGCUGAGGUGUAAUCGAUACUGAAGGUUGUUGUCUUUGAUCUUCAUCUGUAAGUGCUUCUAGUCAUCUUCACUUUCAGCAAGCAAGGUUGUGUCAUCUGCAUAUCACAGGUUGUUACUGAGUCUUCGUGGUGCAAUUAAUUAUUUUUGUGUAUGGUUUUUCUAGCUAUGGUUUUUUAACUCCCACCCAGGUGAUUGGGUGAGACUGUGAUACAGUGAUUGUGGUCCACCAAGGGGAUUGGUCAGUUUUGCCUUAAAAGAGAGCCAAUUCCAGAGCAGAGAGGAGGAGCCCACCACCACCAAGCAAAGACAGAUCAGCUGGAGAGACUCAGAAGGAGCGACCUGGCAGCAGGAGACUGCAGAAUGGGCUUCCUGGCCCACAGACAGAGAAAGCUGAGUGCCCUUUGAGAGAGGCCUAGGGCAGGGAGAGGUGUGUCCUGACAAAAGAGACUGUAUCUUGAGUGUUCCUGAGCCUGAAUUGUAACCGUAACUUCCCUUAUAAGAAACCUCAUAAACAUGAGUAUGGUCUUUGAGUUCUGUGUGGCCAUUGCAAUGAAUUAUUGAACCCAGCAGAAAAGAAGGCAGUGCUGUGGGAGGGACAGUUGGUGUCAGAAUUGGUAAAGAUGGUGGAGAGACGAGGCAUGUCUGACCCCUGCCUCAUAGGAAUCAGCCUUGGGCUGUUAGUCAUGGUUCUCCUUCCCCCUUGUGAAGUUAGAGGAGAUCAGAAACUGCCCCCAAGCCAUUUUUACACUCUUCCUCCAAUCCUUCUGCCCGCUCUUCUUCAUAUAUUCCAGCUUCUUAGAUUAUUUGCUCAGCAUACCGAUUGAAUAAGUAUGGUGAAAGGAUACAACCUUGACGCACACCUUUCCUGACUUUACACCACGCAAUAUCCCCUUGUUCUGUUCGAAUUCUUAACCUGUACCCCCAUGAGAAAUAACUUCACCAACUAGAGUACAGUGCUUGUGUGCAGUUUCUUUUGUCUUUAGUCUUGGAAAUGAGUCUCCACUCAUUUCCAAAGUUAAUUAGGUCAGCACCUUUUCCCCCAACUCCUUCAAUGAGGCUAUGCCAUAUAUUUGUAGUACAGUUAGAUUUUGUCACAGUCUGUUCCAUUCUGGGGCCCUCUGAUAUCCUAACUGUUCUUUUUUUAAUUUCAAAUACAUUAAGUUUCACUCUUUGUGCUGUAAGGCUCUAUGGGGUUUUGCAUAGUGUCAUGUACCUACCACUACAGAAUCAUACAGAAUAGUUUCACUGCCCUAAAAAUUCUCCUGUCCUUUACCUAUUGAACCCUCUCUCCCCUCAAAGCCCCUAGGAACCAUGGAUUGAUUAUCCAUCUCUACGGUAUUGUCCUUUUCGGAAAAAAAAAAAAAAGAAAUUCUAUUGCUGUUGAACCGAUUCCAACUCAUUGCGACCCUAUAGGACAGAACAGAACUGCCCCAUAGAGUUUCCAAGGAGCGCCUGAAUUAGAACUGCCUGGAUUCGACCUUUUGUCAGCAGCGGUAACACUUAACCACUAUACCACCAGGGUUUCCAUUACUAUUCCACAAUGCCAUACAAAUGGAAUAAUGCAGUAUGCAGGCUUUUCAGACUGGCUUCUUUCUCUUAGCAAUAUACAUUUAAAAUUCAUCCAUGUUGUUGCAUGGAAUGAUAGUUCUUCUCUUUCAUCACUCAAUAGUAUCCUACUGUAUGUAUAGGACUCUUGUGGUGCAGUGGUUUAAGUGUUUGUCUGCUAACUAAAAGGUCAGCAGUUCAAAUUCACCAGUAGCUCCUUGGAAAAUCUAUAGGGCAGUUCUACUCUGUUCUAUAGGGUCACCAUGAGUCGGAAUCAGCUCAGUUGCAACAGAUUUGUUCGGGUUUUGGUAUGUAUGUACCACAAUUUGUUUAUUCAUUCACCUCUUGGUUGAAGGACCUCUUUGUUGCCUCUAGUUUUUGGAGAUUAGGAAUAAAGCUGCUAUAAACAUUCACAUACAGGUUUUGUGUGGGCAUAAGGUUUCAAAUCAAUUGAUAAAUACCUAGGAGCACAACCGAUGCAUCAUAUUGUAAGACUAUGUUUAGCUUUAUAAGAAACUGCCCGAUGUCUUCCAAUGUGGCUGUACCAUUUUGCAUUCUCAUCAGCAAUGAAUGAUAGUUCUUACAGCUCCUCAUCCUCAUCAGCAAUUGUUACUGUCAUUUUGUUGGUUACAGUCAAUGAUUCCAUUGAUUUAUGUGUGCAUCCUUCUGUCAAUACCAUGCUGUCUUGAUAAAGGUAGCUUUACAGUAAGUCUGAAAAUCAAGUAAUGUGAGUCCUCUAACUUUGUUCUUCUUUUUGUUGUUGUUGUUUUUAUGUUAGCCAUUCUAGUGUAGGAGUUCCUAGGCGGGGCAAAUGGCUUGUGCUCAACUAGUAACCUAAAGGUUGGCUGUUUGGACCCAUAGAGUGGCAGUGAAGAAGAAAGACUUGCCAAUCUGCUUCCAUAAAGAUUACAGCCAAGAAAACCCUAUGGAGCAGUUCUACUCUGAACACAUGGGGUCACCAUGAGUCAGAGUUGACUCAAUAACAACACGCUUUGUUUUGUUUUUGAUAAUAGGUACGUAGUGGUGUUUCAUUGUUGUUUUAAUAGUUCGAAUCAAUUUAACAGCAAUGGGUUUGGUUUUCGGUUUGGAAUGAGAAAUAAUGUUGAGUAUCUUUUCAUAUGUUUAUUUGCCAUCUGUAUAGGUGGCACAGUGGUUAAGAGCUUAGCUGCUAACCAAAAGGUUGGCAGUUCAAAUCCACCAGCCACUCCUUGGAAACUCUAUGGGGCAGUUCUACUCUGUCCUAUAGGGUCGCUUAUGAGUCAGAAUCGACUUGCCGGCAACGGGUUUAUAUCUUCUUGGCGAGACAUUUGAUCAGAUCCUUUGCCCAUUUUGUAACUGAGUGGUUUCUUGUUUUCUUCUUAUUAAGUUUUAAGAGUUCUUUGAGUAUUUUGGAUACAACUCCUUUAUCACAUAUGUGUUUUACAAAUAUUUUCUUGCAAUCUAUGGUUUGUCUUUUCAUUCUCUUAACGGUGUCUCUAGCAGAACAAUUUUUAAUUUGAAUAAAGUCCAACAAUCAAUUUUUUCUUUCAUGGAUUGUGUAUUUGGUGUUAUAUCUAAAAACUCAUCACCAAGCCCAAGUUCACAUAGAUUUUUCUCGUAUGUUUUCUUACAGAAAUUUCAUACUUUUGAAUGACGAUCAUUUCUCUUAUUUACUUGCCUUUGUGCAUUUGUCAAAAAUUCAUUGAUUAUAUUUGUGUAAGUUUAUUUCUGGACUGUUUUUUCCACUGAUUAAUGUGUGCAUCCUUCCGUCAAUACCAUGCUGUCUCGAUAAUGGUAGCUUCAUUAAAAAAAAAAUUUUUUUUUUUUUAGCUUUAUAGUAGGUCUUAAAAUCAAGUAAUGUUUGAGUCCUCUAAGUUUGUUUUUCUUUUUCAGAAUUGAUUUGAGCAUUCUAGGCCCUUUGCCUUUUCAUAUGCAUUUUAGAAUUAGUUUGCCAAGAUCCACAAGCUAGGAUUUUAAUUGAGAUUGUGUUGAAUCAAUAAAUCAAAUUGGGAAGCAUUGACAUCUUAACAAUAUUGAGUCUUCUAUGAACACGGAAUAUCUUUCCAUUUAUUUAGGUCUUUUAUUUGUCAGUUUCCCACAUACAGAUCUUGUACAUAUUUUAUUAGGUUUAUUCCAAGUACUUCAUUUUGGGGGGGUGUUAUUGUAAAUUUUAAUUUUUUUUAUUUCAAAUUCCAAUUGUUUACUGCUGGUAUAUAGAAAAGCAAUUUAUUUUGUACACUGACUUCAUGGGUUAGAAGACACUUUUAUUUCCGAUAUUGUUUUGUUCUACUGUAAAAUUUCCAUUGGGCUCUUUUUCUUUUUUUUUAAUCUUUUCUAUAUUUCUGCUGAGAUAUCUUUCCAUUCAUUAAAGCAUAUUUUUCUUUCCUCACUGACCAUAGUUACAGCAGUUGUCUAACAUAACGAAGUCCUUGUCUGAUAAUUCCAAUAUCUGGGUUGUUUUAGGAUUGGCUUCCAUUUAUUAUCUUUUCUCUUGAUGAGGAUCACAUUUUCCUGGUUCCUCCUAUGCUGAGUAAUUUUGAAUUGUAUCUUGGGUAUUGUGACUGUUACACUGCGGAGACUGAAUUCCAUUAUACCGCUUAUAUCUUAAGCUGGGUUCGCUAGAGAAGCAAAACCAAUAAAGCGUAUAAACAUAUACAGAGAGAGAUUUAUAUCAAGGAUAUGGCUCAUGCAGUUGUAGAGGCUAGAACAUACCAAGUCUGUGGGUCAGGCUGGAGGCUUCUCCUGAUUCACAUAGCCACAGGGGCUGGUGAACUCAAGAUCAGCAGGUCAGACAGCAGGGCUCUGGCUCACAGGCUAUGAAGAUCAACAAACACCAAGACUGGCAGGCAAGAUGGCAGAUAAGGUGCUAGUUCAAGUCACAAGUACCAGAGGUCAGACAAACAGCAGCCAUCUGCAGGAUCCAGAGCAAGUGAAAGCCCGCAAUCCUUGCCAGAAAGUCCACCUAUAUUGGAUACAGGCCACAUCCCCAAGGAAAUUCACUUUCAAUUGAUUGGCUACUCACUGCAGGUCCCAUCAUGGAGGUGAUCACGUUAUAUCAAAUCUCAUCAUGGAGAUGAUCAUAUCAUCAUAUGAAUGCCCAACUACAUCAUAACUGCCAAACCACUGAGAAUUAUGCUUGGCCCAGCCAAGCUGACACACAGUCUUAACAAUCACACCUUAGAAGUAUGUUUCUGUUGUGGCAUGCAAUUAAUUAACUUGGUUAGACUCAGACCAUAAACUCUGUCCCACCUGUGGUUGGCAACACCUCAAUUUCAGUUAUUUUAGCUUUAGCUGCAAACUGUUUUGUGUGUACCUCAUAUGUGUGCUUCAGGGAUCAGAUAGCUAUGUGAGCAGAGUUCAUACUCAAGAAUUUGUACUGUGCCCUUCUCUGGCUCGCUUCAUUCUGGAUUCCACCUCUCUUUCCAAGACUGUGGUUACUGCAGGAUCUGUUCUCUGGUUCUUCAGGCCAGAAAAAAUGGCGGAUUUCUACUAGUGUCCCAGUCAUUCCACGCUGCUCCUAUGGCCUGCCCCCAGGCUAAAGCUGCAAAAACAGAAAAUUUACCUCUUCACAGCUCAUUCUUCCAAAGUUUCAUCUCCCCUCCAAAAUGUGCCCACUUUUGCUCCCUCUCCAUAAAAUUCAAGUAUUGUUUUUUGGUAUUUUAUUCAGAGUGGAUAAUUGUUGGUAGAGUCGGUUUGUCACAAGCUACUUGUCCGUACCUGAUGCAGAAUUCUUUUCUUGUUUGCUUUAUUAUUUUUCUAAUUUAUCCCCUAUCUAUGCUUUUAUUCCCUUUUCCAACAGACAGCCAUUCCAUAGUGUUUAAUCCUUGUAGUAUUUCAAUUCUUAAUCAAUACAUAUAUUUAGGAAUAUAUGUGGCCUUAAUGGAGCCCUCGUGGUGCUGUGGUUAAAAGCUCGGCUGCUAACCAAAAGGUCAGCAGUCUGUAUCCACCAGCUGCUCCUUGGAAACCCUAUGAGGCAGUUCUAUUCUGUCCUAUGGGGUCACUAUGAGUUGGAAUCAACUCGACGGCAACAGGGUUUUUGUUUGCUUGUUUGUCUGUUCAUGGCCUUAAUAGAGGGUAUACCAAAAACCAAACCCAUUGCCAUUCAGACAAUCCCAACUCACAGCAACCCCACAGGACAGAGCAGGACACAGGAUUUCCUAAUAUAGGUACACUUCUGUGCUAAUGUAUAUAUUUGUUUAAAUUUAUAGAAAUAGGUUUUUUUUUAUUCAAAAUUCUUUUUCAAGAUCUAAUCACAUUGCUGUAUAUAAAUCUAGUUCAUGAUCUCUGUCAGCUGCAUGUAUUCCAUUAUACGCAUAUAACCCGUUGCCAUCGAGUCAAUUCCAACUCAUAGAGACCCUACAGGUCAGAGUAGAACUGCCCCAUAGGAUUUUCGAGGAGCACCUGGUGGAUGUGACCUGCCAACCUUUUGGUUAGCAGCUGUAGCACUUAACCACUACGCCACCAGGGUUUCCUAUAUGCAUAUACAACAUUUAAAUUAUCCAUUCUCAUAGUAAACAGCAUCUUUCUCUUUCCUAAUGCAUUCAAUUAUGUGAUAAACACUUUUAUAUAUGUUUUUUUGGUGACUCUAGAUAAGAGUUUCUUUGGUAUACACCCGGAUUUCCCUUCUUGGAUUUUCAAUUUGUCCAUUUUUCUGUUGGGUUUACUGACAUUUUCUUUUUUACUUGCAGUAGUAACUUUUAUAUUCUAGAUAGUGAUUCCUUGUAAGUUUUAGAGGUUGCAUAUAUUUUAUCCCAAUUUUCAUCUACCAGUUAACCUUGUUUGUGGUCUCCUUUAAUGAGUAAAACUUAAUUUUGACAUAAAUAAAUGUAUAACAUUUUUCCUCAUGUUUACACUUUGGGGAAAAAAAAAAUGUCUUCCUUAAAUACUUCUUGGUCUGAGGCCAUAAAGAAUUACAUGCUUCUUUAUACUGCAAUUUUAUUUUUAAUAUAUUCAGGUUUAGGUUUUCAAUUCAUUUGGACCUUUUGUAAAUGGUGUGAGACAAUCUGAAUAUGAACUCUGUUCACAUCUCUGUCGGAUUUCUGAAGCACACAUAUGAGGUAGAUACCAAGCAGUCUGCAGCUAAAGCAAGAGAAAACCCCUUGCCAUCAAGUUGAUUUUGACUCAUAGUGACCACAUAAGACAGAGUAGAACUGCCCCAUAGGUUUCCAAGGCUGAAAUCUUUACAGGAGCAGACUGCCACAUCUUUCUCCCAUGGAGCGGCUGCUGAGUUUGAACUGUUGAACUUCAGUUAACAGCCAAGUGUUAACCACUGCACCACCAGGGUUCCCUGAAGCUAAAAGAACUCAAUUGAUAUUUGAGGUGCUACCAACCACAGUUUUGGUCUGAAUUACAUUUACCCAUCUUCCUGCAUCACUGGAAUACCACCACAACACCCUCAUACCCUGAGGCACCACUGAAUUCCGUGGUCUCACCAGCAGAGACUGACCUGAGGAUAAAGGAAAUCAUGAAGAAAUUAGACCAGCUGAUCCCACCCAGGCCUUUCCCCCACGUGAACACCACCACCAGCUCAGCACACAGCAGAGUCACCGUGCUCAGCCCUCGUGACACCUACUGCAUAGGGGAGCACCUAGACCUCCUGCUGGAGGUGAGGGACUACCUGGGACGCAGAAAGGAGUACGGUGGGGAUUUCCUGAGGGCCAGGAUGUCUUCCCCAGCCCUGAAGGCAGGCGCUUCAGGAGAGGUGACCGACUUCAACAACGGCACCUACCUUGUCCGCUUCACUCUGUUCUGGGAGGGCCAGGUGUCUCUGUCCCUGCUGCUCAUUCACCCCAGUGAGGGGGUGUCAGCACUCUGGAGGGCAAGGAACCAAGGCUAUGACAGGGUGAUCUUCACUGGCCAGUUUGCCAAUGGAACCUCUCGUGUUCUCUCUGAAUGUGGCCUGACCCUAAACACAAGUGCUGAACUGUGCCAGUACCUGGACACUCGAGACCAAGAAGCCUUCUACUGUGUGAAACCCCAACAUAUGCCCUGUAGGGCCCUGACCUACAUGUCUACCAGCAAUCGAGAAAUUUCUUAUCUUACUCUCAAGGAAAAGAGUCUUUUUUACAGGUCCAAUGUGGGAGUUGAAAUGAUGAAAGACCUUAAACACAUCGCAGUCUCCCGAUGUAACAGUAAGUCGCUUCUGUUCCAUGAGAGUGAAAAAAUAAAAGAAAAAUGCCAAACUGGAAUGAAGAGUCCUGUACCUGGUGGUUAUACUUUGGAAAGAAGGUGGAUUACAACAUUUUGCAACCAGAUUCAGUUAAAUACAAUGGAGAUAAAUGGCUGUUUGAAAGGAAAACUCAUUUACCUUCUGGGAGACUCUACACUACGGCAGUGGAUCUACUACCUACCCAAAGUAGUAAAAACAUUAAAAUUUUUUGAUCUUCAUGGAACUGGAAUAUUUAAGCAACAUUUGCUUCUGGAUGCAGAAAAACACAUUCUGAUUCAGUGGAAGAAACAUAGCCAUCCUUUUGUUACUUUUCAACUCUACUCUGUGAUAGAGGAGGGUUAUAUCCCUAGGGAAAUUGACCAGAUACCAGGGGACAAAAACACAGUUAUCGUCUUCACACUCGGCCAGCACUUCAGACCCUUCCCCAUUGACAUUUUCAUCCGCAGAGUUAUCAGUGUCCAAAAGGCUAUUGAACGACUGUUCCUAAGAAGCCCAGCCACUAAAGUGAUCCUUAAGACAGAAAACACCAGGGAUAUGCACGCAGACAUGGAGAGGCUUGGAGACUUCCAUGGCUACAUUCAGUAUCUUAUCAUGAAGGACAUUUUCAAAGAUCUCAAUGUCGGUGUCAUUGAUGCCUGGGACAUGACCAUUGCAUAUAAUUCCAAUAAUAUCCACCCACCUGAUGACGUGAUAGAAAAUCAGAUUACCAUGUUCUUAAACUAUAUCUGCUAAGGGAUAAAUGCAGAAAGUAACUAGGAACCAAUCUCUGCCUACUUGUAUUGCUAAGAAGUUUUGUUUUAGGGACUAAGAAAAUCUAGUGUAAAGGAAUAUGUCUACAUAGGGAGACCACUUAAGGACACAGAAAACCAAUAAAAGAUACAAAGCCAAGAGACUCAGACAUGAAGAAUGAUCACACAAGCAUGGGUCUUGCCUAUAUGUAAUAAUAAAUGUUUUUAUUCUUUAAACAAGUUUGGGUCAGAAUUUCUGUUACUGCCUUAGUUAUCUAGUGCUGCUAUAACAGAAAUAUCACAAGUGGAUGGCCUUAGCAAACAGAAAUUUAUUCUCUUACAGUCUAGGAGGCUAGAAGUCCAAAUUCUGGGUGCCAGCUCUAGGGAAAGGCUUUCUCUCUCUGUCGGCUCUGGGGCAAGGUCCUUCUCAUCAAUCUUCUCCUGGUCUAGGGGCAUCUCAGCACAGGGACUCUGGGUCCAAAGGACUUGCUCCACUCCUGGCUCUUCUUGCUUGGUGGUCAUAAGAUCCUUCUCCUCUCCGCUUGAUUCUCUCUUUUAUAUCUUAAAAGAGAUUGACUCAAGAUACAACUAAUCCUGUAGAUUGUGCCCUGCCCCAUUAACAUAACUGCUUCUAAUCCUGCCUCAUUAAUAUCAUAGAGAUUAGGAUUUACAACACACUGGAUAAUUAGAUCACAAAAUGGAGGAAAAUCACACAAUACUGCGAAUCCUGGCCUAGCCAAGUUGACAUCCAUUUUGAGGGGAUGCAAUUCAAUCUAUAACACCGUCACUGAAAGCAUCCUACCUCAUACAUUAGCAGGAUAAAAGAGAAUAAACAUGUGAUCAGCAUGAUGGUCUAAAGCAAAGUCACCUAACUUCUUCUCUAAAGAUCCAGACAGUAAACAUGUUAAGCUUUGUGGUCUCUGCUGCAAAGAUUCAACUCUGCCACUGCAGUGUGAAAACAGCCACAGACGAUACAUAAAUGAAUGAGUAUGACUACGUUUCAAUAAAACUAUUUAUGGUCACUGAAAUUUGAAUUUCAUAUUUCCAUGUGUCACAAAAUAUACUUUUUCAACCUUUUAAGUAAAAACCCACACAAUACAGGGGAAGUCAGCAGAACUGGCCUAAACCAAAAGCUAAGAAGUUUCCUGACUACAAUCAAACACGUCAAGGGACAGAGUAGCAGGGACAGGGGUCUGGGAACCAUGGUUUCAGGGGACAUCUAGGUCAAUUGCAUAACAAAGUUUAUUAAGAAAACGUUCUGCAUCCCACUUUGGUGAGUGGCGUCUAGAGUCUUAAAAGCUAGCAAGCGGCCAUCUAAAAUGCAUCAAUUGGCCACAACCCACCUGGAGCAAAGGAGAAUGAAGAACACCAAAGACACAAUGAAAAUAUGAACACAAGAGACAGAAAGGGCCACAUAAACCAGAGAUUCCAUCAGCCUGAGACUGGAAGAACUAGAUGGUGCCUGGCUACCACCAAUGAGUGCCCUGAGAGGGAACACAACCGAGAGUCCCUGAUAGAGCAGGAGAAAAGUAGGGUACAGAACUAAAAUUCUAGUAGAAAGACCAGAUUUAAUGGUCUGACAGACUGGAGGGACCCCAGAGGACACGGCCCCUGAACUCUCUAUUAGCCCAAAACUGAAACCAUUCCCAAAGCCAACUCUUCAGACCAGGGUUAGACUGGACUAUAAGACACAAAAUGAUACCGGUGAGGAGUGCGCUUCUUAGCUCAAGUAGACACAUGAGACUAAGUGGGCAGCUCCUGUCCAAAGGUGAGAUGAGGCAGAGGGGGACAGGAGCUGGUUGAAUGGACACAGGAAAUACAGGGUAGAGAGGAGGAGAGUGCUGUCACAUUACAGAGAGUGCAACUAGGGUCACAUAACAAUGCGUGUAUAAGUUUUUGUAUGAGAAACUGACUUGAAUUGUGAACUUUCACUUAAAGCACAAUAAAAAAAUUACAAAAAAAAAAAAACGUAAAAACUAUUCUUAACUCAUGGGUCUUAAAAAAAAAAAGGCAAUGGGCUGUAUUUAGCCCACAGUCCAUCAUUUGCCAAGGUCUGGUUUAAAACAAAAAAGCUUGGUAAGAUUAAACACGAGUUCCUUGGGGGUUAAAGGAAAAACCAGUAACAAACUAAGAGAUGAAAGAAGAACCCCAGAACUUGAGAAUGUUUAUCUACCAGAAAAGUAUAACAAACAUCGCUUAAUGGAUCAGACAGGAACAAAACAUGGCACCUAUCACUGCUUCUAUUCAGCAAUGUAUUGGCAGCUCACGUCAGAAAGGAACAGAAGUAACUCUUUCUGGUUAUUUGAUCAUUCUCUUAAAAAGAAACUAAAUGGCUAAACUGAAAUAUUAUAAGAAAAAAAAAUUAGAAGGUGCCCUAAUACAAGCUCAAAAUACAAAAAGUUGCAGCUUCCCUGACAGUCGUAACAGGCAAUUAGACAACAUAGUUAAAUUGUCUAGUAUCUCUGCACAAAUACCAGCACAAUGUUAUUUUAUUUAAUCCUAUCAAGUUAGUACUUUUUGACUUACUGUAUCAUUUUAAAUCUUUAUUAUUACAAAGCAUACCAUAGUUUUAGCAAUGUGCACAAACCUAAAAGUACAUCGCAGUGAACUAUUAAAAACAAAUACCUGGGUAACCCGAGGACUAGGAAUAAAUAUAAUAAAGGGUAUGCAAGAUCUCUAUGCCCAAUACUAUAGAAUUUUAAUGAGAAGAAUUACAGAAGACCCAAAAAACUGGAUAUAUAUACAUACUGGAGAUUAUAGAUACAUACAUACACACACACAUGCUUGUUGCCACUGAGUCAAUUUUGACUCAUAGUGACCCUAUAGGACAGAGUACAAUUGCCCCAUAGGGUUUCCAAGGAGUGGCUGGUGAAUGCCAGCUGCUGACCUUUUGGUUAGCAGGCAAGCUCUUGGCCAAGGCAUCACCAGGGCGAUAGAGAGAGACAGACAAAUAAAUAGACAGACAGAUAGACAGAUAAUAGAUAGAUAGACAGAUGACAGAUAGAUAGAUUAGAUAGAUAAGUACAUGGGUAGACAGAAAUAUAGAUUAGACAGGUAGAUUAGGUAAAUGGAUGGGAUGGAUGGAUGGAUAUAGACAAUACACACUAUAUCCACAAAUUGAAAGACUAAAUAGACUUCUAGAUUAAAUACAAUACCACUCAAAAUCUGAACAGAUUGUGUGUGUGUGUGUGUGUGUGUAAAUUAUCAUAUGGUUCUAAAAUUUCUAAGGAAAUGAAAAGGACUGAAAUAAUUAAGACACUUCUGAAAAAGAAAAAGGUUGCAGAACUGCCUUAUCUACAUAUCAAGACUUAAAGCUACAGAAUUUAGACAGUAUGAUAUUGUGCAAAGACAAACAAAAAGAUCAAUUCAACAGGAUACAGAAACCAGAAAAAGAUCCUGCACAGACAGGCAUUUGAUUCAUGACACACGGAGCACUCCAGACCAGUGAGGGAAGAAAAGCCUUUUCAAUAAACAGUUCUGACAAAAAAGGAGAUAUAUGGAGAAAAAAAUAAAAUUGGACACCUACGUGACACUCUUCACAAAAAAACAGUUCAGAAAUGUCAAGGGUGAUUAAAAAUUUGGAAACAAAGAGUGGCGAUGACCGCACAACAUGGUGAAUGUAAUUAAUGUCACCAAAUUGUAUACUUAAAAAUGGCUGAAAUGGUAACUAUUUUGUUAUAUAUAUUUUAUCACAAUAAAAAAAUAUUUUUAAACUGUUAUUUAAAAAAAAAACAGUUCAGGGAGACUGUAGGCUUAAAUGUGCAAAGCAAAACAAUAAAGCUUGCCCAAGAGUACGGCUCACAUGACUGUGGUAAAGGGCCAUUUUUUAAAAUAUCUAAACACUCAAGGAUCCAGGCAUGGUCUGAAUGCAUGUGACCAGCAGGCAGUUCAUGCCACCUGUGACUCACACACUUGUGUGCCACGGCAAUGACACAGUCAUAUAAAAGUUUCUAAAUGUUUAUUCUCAAUUUCUGUACUUACCUCAUCACAGAGAAGUGAUAAACAGUCCGUGAGCUGGCAUGGGUACUUCGACCAUAGUUUGAGUAGCACUACUUUAGACCAGUACUAUUCAAAUUAUCUGUGGUGAGAAACCACGUUUUCCCAAAAUACAAAUUAUAUGCUUGGAUGUUAUACAAUGUCAAAUUGCUAUAAGAGGGUCUAACACUUACUUUCAAUUUCAGUACUUAUCUUGUCACAGAUCAAUAAUAAAUAAUUCUUGGACUGUUGAAAUUAAUAUAGGAAAAUAUCUUCAUGACUUUAAGGUAAAGUAUGUUUUCUUAGACUGAUUAUAGAGGAAAAUUUUCGUAAGUUUUAGUACAUUAAAAAUUAGAAACUUCUUAGCAAAAGACACCAUUAAACUAAGAGGCUGAAAGAUUAAAAAAAAAAACCCUGAAAAGGUAAACCAAAAACCAUGAAAAAACAUUUGCAAUACAUAAAAGACUUUCUUUUUCUGUUUCUAAGCUGCUAAGUUAAAAUUCAGCUGAUAAAUUGGACUAUGUAAGAAAUAAAUCAUUUUAUAUAACCCCCAAAAUGAUAAGCAAUGUCAAAAGAUAAAUGACAAAUGGAAAAAGAAUACUUGCAAUUUAUAGCCUAGACAAUGCCUAUUAUAUAACAGAGCUCCUUAAAGUUAAGAUGAAAAAGACCUAGAUAGAAACACUGGCAAAAGAUAUAAGUAGUCAAUUCAGUAGAAAAAAUGGAAAUGGCCCUUAAAUAUACAAAAAGGAAUGCAUAUCAAAACUACACUGGGAAACCAUUACUCAUCUACCAAAUUUGCAAAGUCUAAAAGCUUGAAAACACAGUAAAUUGAUGAGUCUGUGGGAGAAACAGGCAUUCUUAAAUAUUGCUGAUGGGAAUUCAAAGCGGUACAGCCCUGUGGGGAGAAAUGUGUCAAUAUUUAGAAAAGUCACAUAUGUAUUUAUAUUUUGACCCAGCAUUCCCAAAGAUACAGCAACAAAAAUGUGAAACGUCUAUUUGCAAAACUGGAGCCCUGGUGGUGCAGUGGUUAAGUGCACUGGCUGAUAACCAAAACAUCGGCAGUUCGAAUCCACCAGCCAUUCCUUGGAGAAUGUGUGGGGCAGCUCUAGUCUGUCCUACGGAGCUGCUAUCAGCUGGAACCGACUAAAUGGCAACGAGAUUACGCACAAGGUUGUUCUUUGGGGCAUUAUUUGUAACAGUAAAAGACUGGAAAACCAACCAAAUAUGCAGCAAUAGAAGACUGGUGGGAUAAGUUCUGAUGCAUUCCCUCAAGAUAAUACAAUGCACUUUUAAAAAAGAAUGCAAGAAAGUUCUGUAAACUGCCCUGCAGUGGUCUCCAGGAUAUACUGUUAAACCUUGGAUAAUAAAAAGGGAAGGAUUUAUGCUGGGAGGCUCCUGGAUCCAGGAGAAUGAGAGAGAAAGAGCAAGCUGUGGCCCUGAAGACAGCAAAAAGCAGUGGCAGGGAAGACUGGCAAGAGACAGAAUGGUGGGCUUCCCAGCCCACGAAGCAAGAAAGCUGAGCGCCUGAGAUGCCCAUGGGGACUUAUUGGCAGGGGCUGAAGGCGCUUUGCAUACUUGCCUGAGCAGGGCAGAGGCCUACGGCCAGAGAGAGGUACACCUGUGAGCACAGCUGAAAAGAAGCUGUCCUGAUGGAAGAACUGUAUCCUGAGUGUUCCUGAGCCUGAAUUGUAACCUGUUACUUUCUUAAUAAACCCCAUAAUCAUGAGUACUGGCUGUAAGCUCUGUGUGGCCACCGCAGUGAAUUAUCGAACCUAGUAAAGAUGUAGAGAGUGCCACAGAAGGGAGGGUUGGUGUCAGGAUUGGUAAAGACGGUGGAGAGACAUCCACCUCAUAGGAAUCAGCCUUGGGCUGUUGAUCUUGAUUCUGCUUCCCCCUUGUGAAGUUAGAGGACGUCAGACAAAGCCGCCACACCAUUUUUACAAUAAUCAUCCAUACAGGGAAAGAGAAUUCAGAGCAGAAAGGACAUGGGUGAAAACCAGACUUCUCUUAAUAUGCCUUGAUACAUAAUUCUGAUUCUGGAAACACAUGAGAUUUACAUAUUAAAAAAUUAAAUCAAAAAGAAAAAAAUGCAUAACAUCUAAGUCAAUCUAUUCAGAAAACAUUCUGCAUCCCGCUUUGGAGUCUUAAAUGUUGGCAAGCGGCCAUCUAAGAUGCAUCAGUGGGUCUCAACCCACCCAGAGCAAAGGAGAAUGAACACCAAAGGCACAAGGUAAUAUGAUCCCAAGAAACAGAAAGGACCACAUAAACCAGGGACUUCAUCAGCCCAAGACCAGAAGAGCUAGAUGGUGUCCAGCUAUAACCGAUGACUGCCGUGACAGGGAGUGCAACAGAGAGCCCCUAAGGGAGCAGGAAAGCAGUGGGAUGCAGACCCCAAAUUCUUGUAAAGAGACCAGACUUAAUGGUCUGACAGGAUCUUCUAUUAGCCCAAGACAGAAGCCAUUCCCAAAGCCAACUCUUUAGACAGGGAUUGGACCGGACUAUAUUUUUUUUUUUAUGGGAUAGAAAAUGAUACUGGUGAAGAAUGAGCUUCUUGGAUCAAGUUGACACAUGAGACUAUGCUGGCAUCUCCUGUCUGGAGGGGAUGUGAGAGAGUAGAGGGGGUCAGAAGCUGGCCGAAUGGACACGAAAAUAAGGAGUCGAGGGAAGGAGUGUGCUGUCUCAUUACGAGGAGAGCACUUAGGAGUAUAUAGCAAGGUGUGUAUAAAUUUUUGUAUGAGAAAAACUGACUUGAUUCGUAAACUUUCACUUGAAGCACAAUAAAAAAUUUUUAAAAAUUCAUAAAAAAUACCUAACUGUAUAUCAAGGUGGUGACAUAAAUGUGGAAAGAAAAAACAUUGUUUCAAUUAACUUUAGAACACAGCAUUUUGACUGUACUUCCAUAGUGGAAUAUAUUCUGUGGAUAAACAGAGCUGGGGGGAAAAAAAAAAUCCCAAACUUCACUCAGUAGUCCUUUGUAUUAGAGAUAAUACUGACAUUAUUUAUUUUGCAACUAUUUUUUACAUUUUAUUGAUAAGCAAAUUAUUUUAUUAGUGAUAUUAGGAAAUGAGAUUUUUAGUGUUAAAGAAGAAAUACAUCAAAGGAGCUAAGUAAAAUAAAACCCAUGAUAAUUUAAUCGAAAAUAUACAUACAAAUUCAUGAUUCUUUUUAUUUUCAAAUGCACGUAUUUCCUAGAUCUGUUUGCCCACCGAAAAGGCCUAGAAGCAAUGACAACCCAUUAACAACACUCAUUUCUAGCACCCAAAAUGUGUUCUCUAAGACCCAUUCCCCACUAAAAGAAACUAGGGAUCCUUGGAGGAAUGGCUGAAUCCAAAGCUGGGGUGGAGAUAAAUAUGUAAUGAGUCUGGACAUAUAGGCAAUGUCUCGUUCUGUGGUACACAGGGUCGCUACAAGCCUGAACCGACUCAAUGGCACCUAACAACAACAGACAUACUGUUAUGUCAGAAAGCAAGUUGUCAAAGACAAACAGAAUCAUGGCACAGGAAGCAGGAGCCAAAACAAAAAGGUCUCCUCAUUGGGCACAGAUGGAACAAUUUCAGCAUCAAAAGAAUAAUGACUGUAAUUGACUGAAGUGCACUGAAUAUAUAAAAUCCAUGAUUUCUUGAUACUCCAAAAAAAAAAAACAUGAAAAGAAAAACACUCCCAUGAGUCAUUAUUGGAGGUAACGUUGUUGUUGGAUGCUGUCGAGUCAAUUUUGAUUCAUAGCAAGCCCACGUAACAGAGUAGAACUGCUUCAUAUGGUUUUCUUGGGUGUAAUCUUUACGGAAAUAAAUCGCCAGGUCUUUCUUCUGUGGAGUAGUUGGAUGGGUUUGAACUGCCAACCUUGUAGUUACUAGCCCAGUGCUUAAUUGUUAUGCCACCAGAGCUCUCCUUGCUCUGAAAUUGGCACUAAAAGGAAAUAUACAUUUAUCAUUUAUGCUCUUUCCUAUUAAACUGUUCUUUACGUGAACUAAUAGUGCUAACUGAUAAGGAAAGGUUUGUCUUUACAGAAGAUAAUAAACAUGGAAGGAAUACAGAAUUAGAACAUCAUCAUUUUAAAACUUCCUAUUAAAUAUUUUUUAUUAAAUAAGUAAUUAAGGCAGAGACUAUCAAAGAAUGAAAUUUUAGAUGAAAGGUUGAUGGAGAAAUUUAUUAUGGAUGUAGCAGGCUGUCACAUCUAAAUUCACUGAUCAAGCUUAGCUUUAGUAAUAGCAAGACAGCCUGUCACGUGCCACAUGGAUUGAUACAAUGUAAUUUAUACACUGCCACCUAAGAAGUAUUCUUGUUGAGAGAAAAAAAAAAAAAAAGGGUUGAAACUGAAUUUAAUCACGCCUAUCGACUCGACGGCACUGGGUUUUGGGAUGGAAUUAAUAUCCUGUUUACAGGAAAUAAGGUUAAAUGGCACCAUGAGAAAGAAAACCAAAAAGCAAUGUAGGACUUUGUACAGAAGAAAUGACUCAGGUUUUACAAUUCAUUAGGGAGAAAAAAGUGGGACGGUUCUAAACUAAAAGAGACCUAGAGAUUUAACCACCAAACGCAAUGUGUGGAUCUUGUUCAGAUCCUGAGUAAACAAAUUAAUUGAAAUCAGUUAAAUGACACCAUAAAGAAGCAUAUAAAUAAGUUCAGAAUAUGAACGUUCUACAAAAAAAAAAAAAAAAAUUUUUUUUUUUUAUAGGACGAAUGGCAUGUUUGCUUUUUACAACAGGCUAAUGGCAUUAAGGGGGGGGAGGGGAGAGUAGAACUGCUUGAGAUUAAAAAAGUCUUUAACAAUUAAAUGCAAUAGAUGGACCAUGUUUGAUGCUGAUUUGAGCAAACAUGCUGAAAAAACUAUUUUUUUAAGAUAACUGGGGAAACGUGAAUAUGGACUGGCUACAGUUGAUACCAAGGAAUUAACUAUUCAUUUUGCUAGGUAUUACAACGGUAUUUUGAAGAAAAAUAUGGAACUGCAUACUGAAGUUUAUAGACAUAAAAUGUGAUGCCUGGGACUUGACUUAAAAUAUUUCAACAAACAAAGAUGACAAAGACAGGCAGAGUGAGCAAGUAUGGCAAAUCUUGAUAGUUACUGAAGCCAAAUGAUGGCUACAGUAGUCUCUUAAUUUUCAUGUAUGUAGAAAAUUUUCGUAAUAAAAUAUUUAAAUAAAUGUGUUAAGAUAUAUAUGAGUAUUUUUAAAAUCAUGGGGUGGGGAAGGCUUUCAUAUAGAAGGGAAAAAAUCCAGAAGCUAUUAAAGAAAAUAUUGACAGAUCAGUUACAUUAAAAUUUAAAGAACCAUAAUAAAUUAAAAGAUAAACAAUAAGACUGCAAAAGAGUUGCAGCAUACAUAACAGAAAAAGUAAUAUGCCAUAAAAUAUCAAAAUACCAUGAAUCAAUAAGAUAAAGAAACAAGCUAAUAAAAAUAGACAUGUGAUAUGAACAGGUUCUUCUCGGAAGAAGGAAUAUGAAUCGCAAAGGUGUUCAAAUUCCCUAGUUAGGAGGGAAAAUACAAAUUAAUGUCUUCACCUAUAAUGUAUAAACUGGCAAAAGUAUAAACACAGAUAAUAGUCAUUAUUGGCAAAGCAUUCUUAGAUAUUGUUAGGAUCUUUAGGGGCACAGUUUGUGCCUGUCCUUUGACUCAGAAAUUACAUUUCCAAGGCUUUAUCUUAUAGAAAGUCUAACACAAAUAUAUUUUGAAUCAUAUUCUUUAAAGCAUUGUUCAAAAUAAUGGAAAAAUGAAAACAGCCUAAAUGGUCAUCAUAUUUUUGAAUAAAGCUAGAGAUCAUGGGCGUAACAGAGGAAAGAAGAACAAGGAAGUUGAACUGUGCAAGACAUUUUUACAUAAUAAUUCUAUAACAUGACUCUACUAAAUUCUCUUACUCUAGUAGUUUUUCUGUUGCUCCUCUUGGAUUCUCCUGGAUAUAUUCAUGACAUCUAAAAGUAAUAAUUUCUACUUUCAUACAUUUUUAUUUCUUUGUCUAAUUUCAUCUGCUAGUGCUGCCAGUAUGUUAAAUAGUGGUGGUAAUAACAGACAUCCGUAUCUUGUUCCUUUAUCUUCAAUUUUUCCCUUUCCAUUAGAUCCUUUUUUCCUUUGUCUUUAUAUUGAGAUCAUAUGUUUUUCCUAUUUUUUAAUUUGCUUUUUUUUAUAUUAACAAUGUGUCAUAAUCCUUUUAAUGAAGUGUCCUAGCUGAAAUUAAACUUUAAUUUUUUGGAAACCUUGAUGACCAGAAGUAAGAAAAUUUGCCAUUUUAAAACUAUGAUCAGAUUUUCUACUUCUCUAGAUAGAGAACUUAAUUCACCUUUUCAUACACUGCUGGUUUUGGCAAAAACAUGCUUUGGUUUUGCAAAGAUGAGGCAACAAUCCCGUUGUGAAAAAGGGAAUACUGAGAAAACAAAAAGCUAAAACUGCUCAGCAAGGAGUCAAGAAAACUGGAUCUAAUCUAAGCAGAUAUCAUCACUAUCCCCAGACUGACUUGGUAAAAUGGUAUUUUGGGAAACCCUCUGAAAAAUCCUGAUACGCUUCAUCUUCUACUAACGUGUCUCUUCUCAAGAGGUGAAAUCAACAGAUUGUGAUCAUUUUCUAUUGUUCUUCAGUUUCAGCAAUUGCUCUUUCCAAACAAUGUUCUCACUGAAGGAUGAGAAAAAUAGCAUCUCAGCCUCUCUUGCUCAAAAACCUUUUUGAAGACUGUGCUGGAGUUUUUCACUAGAAAACAGAUUUAAAAAAAAAAAAAAAGUCCGCAUUCCCCAGACAAGGAAAGCCUGUUAUGACAUGACUGCAGCAUGGAUCCACUAUGUCUGCCACUGAGAAGGCAAGGAAGAAAAGCCUUUUUGGCUCUUGCUCCAUUUGAACCAGCUGUCUGCCCUUGGAGCUUGGCUGCUUACAAACUCCUCUGCAUCUAAACCCACUACUAUUUGGAAGGUCCACGACAAUAAAAAGAGUAAAGAGUCCUGUCUGCAUACUAGUGUGAGGAGGGAUGCCUUUUUGUAAUCUGCACGACGAUGCUAUAUGUACUGAAAGUAGCGAUGGGGCUAGAAGCUGAAGGUUGUUUAGCAUUGUCUUUUACGGGGAACAAAAAGAUAUUAAACCCUCUGAUUAAUCACUAUCUCUUAGUGUCCUGAAAUUUCCAAAUAAUUAAAAGACCCAAAGUAAGGCUAAGACUGCAAAGAGAGAAAGUUACCCCCAAUUUCGGCAUAUCUGUAAGAUAGAGUGGGUUGGGUGGGUAGAGUGAAUACUACUACUUCUGGUGGUUUUCUUUUUUUUUUUUCCUCCCUUUACUCCAUGCCAAAACCAAAAAACCACACUCAGUGUCAUCAAAUUGAUUCCGACUCAUAGCAACCCUAUAGGACAGAGUAGAACUGCCCCAUAGGUUCUUCAAGGAGCUCCUGGUGGAUUGAAACUGUCGACCUUUUGGUCAGCAGCUGAACACUUAACCACGGUGCAGCCAGGGCUCCAGUCCCUAGGAAAUAUACACACACAACUUUCCUUGAGCUGGCCAUGCCACAAUGAUUUAGCCAUGAUUUUCUAUUAACUAUCACGUCUUGGGUUUGACCCAAAGGGGGUUUGUGGAUGUCUUGGAUAGUCUGCCAGGUACAGCAUGAGGACUUGAGACUCAUGCAGAAAGGCCAGAAAACAUAAACUUUAGUAAUCACAGGUCCCAGAGAGGGACCUACAGCAUGCCUCCAUGUGGGCCACACAGGGGUUAUACCCAGGGACAAGGCAACAAGAAGCUAGAACUGUAGGAGAUGGCUUACAUGUGGCAAGCACGGUGUGGUCUUGAGUUUGCCUAUGCUGAAGGCUUACUGGUCAAUUUAAAAGUUCCUAGUGCAUUAACACAAGAAAAGGAACAUACUUUUAUUAUAGGGAGUCAUAUGGGACAUGGCCAGGUGGGGCAAGAAGUAAGUUCAGCCAUCGAGAGACCAGGUUACAAGACUGUAACGGGUUUUUAUCAUGGGAAUAUAUGCAGCAAACUGUUGAAAGCUCCUAUGUCAAGAUAACAACAGCCAUGUCAGAAACUGGGUAAAAGGGCUAUGAGGAGACAAGCAACCAUUGCAAACAGGGCAGCAGCAACAGCAGCAGCUGCUACUCUGGUGCUCAGAUUGAAGGGCUUUUCUUGACCAUAUUAGAACGAGAUGAGGACAUGGAAUUUGUCUGUGCUUGCUAUUGUUGUUUAUACUUUAUUAUUAGUUCCUAGUUUUACUGUGUUAUGGUCUGAAUCAAGAGUUUAUACAUGGCUACUAAGAUCAAUGUUUAUAAACGUACCAUAGUCAUUUAAAGAAUCCACAACCUCUAAGUGAGGGUGUAUUAUUAAUUCUAUUUAUAUCCUUAUUUGUGUUUUUCAAUACUUCGUCUGUCAAAACUACUACUGUUUUCCAACAAGUGGUACUGGAACAACUGAGUACUCACUCUCAAAAAGUGAACUUCAAUCCACACCUCACAUCCUAUAUAAAAAUGAACUCAAAAUGGAUCACGCACCUAAAUGUAAAGCCUAAAACUGUAACAUUUCUAGAGGAAAGCAUAGGAUAAAAUAUUUAUGGCCUUGGCUAGGCAUAGGCUUUUUAGAUACAACACAAAAAGCAUGAUCCAUAGAAGAAAAACUUGAUAAUGUACACUUUAUCAAAACUAAGAACAUCUACUCCCUGAAAAAACUCUAUUAAGAGAAUGAGAAGACAAGCAAAACUAGGAGAAAAUAUUUGCCAAUCACAUAUUUGAUAAAGGACUUGAAUCCAAACUAUAAAAAGAAUUCUCGGAGGCGGAGCCAAGAUGGUGGAAUAGAAAGAUGCUUCCGGCAAGCCCUCUUUACAACAAGGACCCAAAAAAACAAGUGAAAUGAGUAUAUUUAUGACAAGCUAGGAGCCCUGAGCAUCAAAGGCAAGCUUAGAAAAUGAACAGAGGAGCAGGGGGAGGAAGAGACAGUUCAGAAGCGGAGAGGAGUUACCGGACCUGAAUCACAGAAAGCCCUCAGGCACCAUUGUCGGAGCGCCGGCAGCAGGCUGGUACUGGCAUUUGGCAGCACUUUCCUCAGGGAGAAGCAGCCAGCCAGACAACCUACUCACACCUCCAGAACCAGAGAAGCAUGGCGCUCUCGGCAAAAGCUAAGUACUUGAGAAUAUUCUACCACGCCCCCCCAAAUCCAAGCCAGUUUCAGUGGCUGAAUUCCCUGGGCCUCAGACAGGCACUGUUGAGUGCCUAGAGCCACUCUCCCAGCCUUGGAGAAGGAAAAAAUUUGCAAUUGGGGGAAAAGAUAAUUUGCCAGCUCCAAGAUCCAGGGGACCUCAGGAAAGAAGCCACUCCUGUCCAGGCAUAAACGUUCUGUGGACUUUGAGCACCUUUCCCAUCUGCAUAGACCUGUGUGGGUCUAUUUCAGGAGAACAGGCCCUUGUUGGCAGGCUCCAACCACUUCAGCAGUGUGGUGGAGAGGUGGGUGUUUGAUGUUUGAUAUUGCUUUGCCUAUUAAACAGGGUCCUCACCUACCCAUAUAAGGGGCCUAAGAACUGGUAGCUCCACCCAGGUCACCCAGCCACCCACAAAAGGGGUCCAAGGACAACUGGUACCUCCCAUUCCUUACAACCAAAAACAUUGGGUGCCCAUGCUCCAUCUGCAGAACCACUACCAGCAUGCUCUAGGGAACAGGGACACGCUUUCUUCAGAGACACUCAGGGGUCAGUUCUCAGACCCCUGCCUUGUUCAGAGCGUGACCCCCUGCUACAAUCAGAGACUGGUACAUACACCAAUCACCCCAGCCCUUCUAAGACUGUAAAAGAGAGCCUAUACCACGCACUCGAUGAUCAGCUACCUGGACACCUGAGCUGAAUUCAUACAAGAAAAGUGAAAGGACUCCUAGACUCAUAUACCUGAUAACAGCUCUAGCCAGCUGGGGAUAGGACGUCAGAGCUCCAAAGGUGAAAAUAAUCAAGCUAGCUCACUCAAACAACCCGUAUGAGCAUAUCAAAACAAAACAAAGCAAGAAGCUACGAAACAGUAAGCAAGCAUAAACACCAUAACUUAUAGGUGGCUCAGAGAUAACAGUCAAUAUCAAGUCACAAAAAGAAACAGAUCAUGAUCACCUCAACAAGCCCUCAAAACAAAGAAUAAAGGGACCUUCUAGAGGAAAAUGCAUUCAGGCAAUUACCAGAGCUAGAAUACAAAAGAUUAAUAUACAUAACCCUUCAAGACAUCGGGAAGGAAAUGAGGCAAUACACAGAACAAGCCAUGGGAAACACAGAUAAAACAAUGGAAGAAAUUAGAAACAUUAUCCAGGAACAUAAGGAAAAUUUAAUAAGCUGCAAAAAUCCAUAGACAGACAGAAAUCAGAAAUUCAGAAGAUUAAAAAUAAAAUUACAGAAGUAGACAAAUCAAUAGAAACUCAGAGGAGCAGAAUUGAGCAAGCAGAAUUGAGCAAGCAGAAGCCAGAAUUUCUAAACCACUUGGCACUAAUAUAUUUUAAGAAAAAUCAGAUAAAAGAAUUUAAAAAAAUGAAGAAACCUUAAGAAUCAUCUGGGACUCUAUCAAGAGAAAUAACCUACGAGUGAUUGGCAUUUCAGAACAGGGAGGGAUAACAGAAAAUACAGAGAUAAUUGUUGAACAUUUGGUGGCAGAAAACUUCCCUGAUAUCGUGAAACAUAAGAAGAUAUCCAUCCAAGAUGCUCAUCAAAUUCCACAUAAGGUAGAUGUUAAAAGAAAGUCACCAAGACAUACUAUAAUCAAACUUCUGAAAACCAAAGAUAAAGAGAGAAUUUUAAGAGCAGCUGGGGAUAAAUGAAAAGUCACCUACAAAGGAGAGCCAAUAAGAAAAAGCUUGGACUACUUGGCAGAAACAAUGCAGGCAAGAAGGCAAUGGGAUAACGUAUUUAAAACAUUGAAGGAAAAAAAAAAUUGCCAGCCAAGAAUCAUAUAUCUACCAAAACUGUCUCGUAAAUAUGAAGGUGAAGUUAGGAUAUUUCCAGAUAAACAGAAGUUUAGGGAAUUCAUAAAAAACAAACCAAAACUAUAAGAAAUACUAAAGGGAGUUCUCUGGUUAGAAAAUCAAUAAUAUCAAGUAUACACCCAAGACUAGAACACUGGGCAGAGAAAUCAGAAAUGAACCCAGACAGGGAAAUCAAAAAAACAAAGCAAGAUUAUAAUAAUAAUAAUAAUAAAAACUCAAAACAGAGUAACAGCAAUGUUAUUAUAUAAAACAAGACAACAUUAAAACAAUACAGAGGGACUUAAAAAUGUAAUCAUAGAUCUUCCAUACGGACAGGAACAUGCGGCGAUACAAAGAAAUAAAAGUUAGGUUCAAAUUACAAAAAUUGGGGUAAAUAAUAAGGUAACCACAAAGGACACAAACUAUCCUACUCAUAAAAAUAAAAGACAAGAAAAAAAUAGCAGAAACAAAAUCAACAAUGAAUAUAAGGACAAUAUAUAAAGAUAAUCUACUUAGCACAUAAAAUUAAGUGGGAAAAAGGAACUGUCAACAACUCACAAAAAAAGACAUCAAGAUGAUAGCACUAAAUUCAUACCUAUCCAUACUGCUUAAUUUAUAUGGACUAAAUGCACCAAUAAAGAGACAGGGAGGCAAAAUGGAUUAAAACACACACAAAAAAAACACAAGACCCGUCUAUAUACUGCCUAAAAAAGGCACACCUUAGAGACACAAACAAAUGAAAACUCAAAGAAUGGGAAAAAAUAUAUCAAGUAACCAGCAAUCAAAACAGAGAAGUGGCAAUGUUAAUUUCUGACAAAAUACACUUAAAAGUUAAAACCAUCAUAAAGGAUAAGGAAGGACACUGUUGUUAGUAGGUGCCAUCGAGUCGGUUCCGACUCAUAGCGACCCUAUGCACAACAGAACGAAACACUGCCCGGUCCUGCACCAUCCUUACAAUCAGUGUUAUGCUUGAGCUCAUUGUUGCAGUCACUGUGUCAAUUCACCUCACUGAGGGUCUUCCUCUUUUCCGCUGACCCUGUACUCUGCCAAGCAUCAUGUCCUUCUCCAAGGACUGAUCCCUCCUGACAACAUGUCCAAAGAAUGUAAGACGCAGUCUCGCCAUCCGUACCUCUGAGGAGCAUUCUGGCCACACUUCUUCCAAGACAGAUUUGUUCAUUCUUUUGGCAGUCCAUGGUAUAUUCAAUAUUCUUCGCCGACACCACAAUUCACAGGCGUCAACUCUUCUUCGGUCUUCCUUAUUCAUUGUCCAGCUUUCACAUGCAUAUGUUGUGAUUGAAAAUACCAUGGCUUGGGUCAGGUGCACCUUAGUCUUCAGGGUGACAUCUUUGCUCUUCAACACUUUGAAGAGGUCCUUUGCUGUAGAUUUGCCCAAUGCAAUGCGUCUUUUGAUUUCUUGACUGCUGCUUCCAUGGCUGUUGAUUGUGGAUCCAAGUAAAAUGAAAUCCUGGACUACUUCAAUCUUUUCUCCGUUUAUCAUGAUGUUGCUCAUCAGUCCAGUUGUGAGGAUUUUUGUUUUCUUUAUGUUGAGGCGUAAUCCAUACUGCAGGCUGUGGUCUUUGAUUUUCAUUAGUAAGUGCUUAGAGUCAUCUUCAGUUUCAGCAAGCAAGGUUGUGUCAUCUGCAUAACGCAGGUUGUUAAUGAGUCUUCCUCCAAUUCUGAUGCCCCGUUCUUCUUCAUAUAGUCCAGCUUCUCAGAUUAUUUGUUCAGCAUACAGAUUAAAUAGGUAUGGUGAAAGAAUACAACCCUGAUGCACACCUUUCCUGACUUUAAACCAAUCAGUAUCCCCUUGUUCUGUCCAAACAACUGCUUCUUGAUCUAUGUAAAGGUUCCUCUUGAGCACAAUUAAGUGUUCUGGAAUUCCCAUUCUUUGCAGUGUUAUCCAUAGUUUGUUAUGAUCCACACAGUCGAAUGCCUUUGCAUAGUCAAUAAAAUGCAGGUAAACAUCCUUCUGGUAUUCUCUGCUUUCAGCCAGGGUCCAUCUGACAUCAGCAAUGAUAUCCCUGGUUCCACAUCCUCUUCAGAAACCAGCCUGAAUUUCUGGCAGUUCCCUGUCGACAUACUGCUGCAGCCGUUUUUGAAUGAUCUUCAGCAAAAUUUUACUUGCGUGUGAUAUUAAUGAUACUGUUCUAUAAUUUCCACAUACGGUUGGAUCACCUUUCUUGGGAAUAGGCAUAAAUAUGAAUAUCUUCCAGUCAGUUGGCCAGGAAACUGUCUUCCAUAUUUCUUGGCAUAGACGAGUGAGCACCUCCAGCGCUGCAUCUGUUUGUUGAAAUAUCUCAAUUGAUAUUCCAUGAAUUCCUGGAGCCUUGUUUUUCGCCAAUGCCUUCAGAACAGCUUGGACUUCUUCCUUCAGUACCAUUGGUUCCUGAUCAUAUGUCACCUCCUGAAAUGGUUGAAUAUCGACUAAUUCUUUUUGGUAUAAUGACUCUGUAUUCCUUCCAUCUUCUUUUGAUGCUUCCUGUGUCGUUUAAUAUUUUCCCCAUGGAAUCUUUCACUAUCGCAACUUGAGGCUUGAAUUUUUUCUUCAGUUCUUUCAGCUUGAAAAACACCGAGCGUGUUCUUCUCUUUUGGUUUUCCAUCUCCAGCUCUUUGCACAUGUCAUUAUAAUACUUUACUUUGUCUUCUCGAGAGGCCCGUUGAAAUCUUGUGUUCAGUUCUUUUAUUUCAUCAAUUCUUCCUUUUGCUUUAGCUGCUUGACUCUCAAGAGCAAGUUUCAGAGUCUCCUCUAACAUCCUUCUUGGUCUUUUCUUUCUUUCCUGUCUUUUCAGUGACCUCUUGCUUUCUUCGUGGAUGAUGUCCUUGAUGCCAUAUAUAUAUAUAUGACACUAUAUAAUAUAUAUAUAUGACACUAUACAAUGAUUAAAGGGACAAUACCAGAACAAGAUAUAACCAUAUUAAAUAUUUAUGCAUCAAUGAUAGGGCUGCAAGAUACAUAAAACAAAUUCUAUCAGCAUUAAAAGUGAGAUAGACCCCUCCACAAUAAUAUUAGGAGACUUCAACACACCACUUUUGGUGAAGGACAGGACAUCCAGAAAGAAGCUCAAUAAAGACAAGGAAGAUCUAAAUGCCACAAUAAACCAACUUGACCUCAUAGACAUAUGCAGAACACUCCACCCAACAACAACCAAGUAUACUUUCUUCUCUACUGCACAUGGAACAUUCUCUAGAAUACACCACAUAUUAAGUCAUAAAGCAAGCCUUAGCAGAAUCCAAAACACUGAAACAUUACAAAGCAUCUUCUCUGACCAUAAGGCCAUAAAAGUGGAAAUCAUUAACAGGAAAAGCAGAUAAAAGAAAUCAAAUGCUUGGAAACUGAACAAUACCCUGCUCAAAAAAGACUGGCUUAUAAAAGACAUUAAGGAUGGAAUAAAGAAAUUCAGAGAAUCCAGUGACAAUGAAAACACUUCCUAUCAGAACCUUUGGGACACAGUGAAAGCAGUGCUCAGAGGUCAAUUUAUAUCAAUAAAUGCACACAUCAAAAAGAAGAAAGGGCCAAAAUCAAAUAAUUAUCCCUACAACUUGAACAAAUAGAAAGAGAGCAACAAAAGAAACCCUCAGGCACCAGAAGAAAACAAAUAAUAAAAAUUAGAGCUGAAAUAAAUAAAUUAGAAAACAGAAAAACAUUGGAAGAAUUAUCAAGACCGAAAGCCGGUUCUUUGAAAAAAUCAACAAAAUUGAUAAACCACUGGCCAAACUGACAAAAGAAAAACAGAAGAGAAAGCAAAUAACCCAAAUAAGAAAUGAGACGGGCGAUAUUACAACAGACCCAACUGAAAUUAAAAGAAUCGUAUCAGAUUAGUACGAAAAAUUGUACUCUAACAAAUCUGAAAACCUAGAAGAAAUGGAUGAUUGCCUAGAAACACACUACCUACCUAAACUAACACAAACAGAGGUAGAACAACUAAAUAGAUCCAUAACAAAAGAAAAGAUUGAAAAGGUAAUUAAAAAAAACUCCCAACACAAAAAAGCCCUGUCGCGGAUGGCUUCACUGCAGAGUUCUACCAAACUUUCAGAGAAGAGUUAUAACAACACUACUACUAAAGGUAUUCCAGAGCACAGAAAAGGACUGAAUUCUACCAAACUCAUUCUAUGAAGCCACCAUAUCCCUGAUACUAAAACCAGGGAAAGACACCACAAAAAAAGAAAUUUACAGACCUAUAUCCCUCAUGAACUUAGAUGCAAAAAUCCUCAACAAAAUUCUACCCAAGAGAAUUCAACAACGUAUCAACAAAAUAAUUCACCAUGACCAAGUGGGAUUCAUACCAGGUAUGCACGGAUGGUUCAACAUUAGAAAAACAAUUAAUGGAAUCCAUCACAUAAAUAAAAGACGAGAAAUCACAUGAUUUUAUCAAUUGACGCAGAAAAGGCAUUUGACAAAGUUCAACACCCAUUCAUGAUAAAAACUCUCAGCAAAAUAGGAAUAGAAGGAAAAUGCCUCAACAUAAAUAAAGGGCAUUUAUACAAAGCCAACAGCCAACAUCAGCCUAAAUGGAGAGAGUCUGAAAGCAUUCCCCUUGAGAUCGGGAACCAGACAAGGAUGCACUUUAUCACCACUCUAAUUCAACAUUGUGCUGAAGGUCCUAGCCUGAGCAAUUAGGCUAGAUAAAGAAAUAAAGGGCAUCCAGAUUGGCAAAGAAGAAGUAAAAUUAUUUGCAGACGACAUGAUCUUACGCACAGAAAACACUAUGGAAUCCUCCAGAAAACUACUGAAACUAAUAGAAGAGUUCAGCAGAGUAUCAGGAUACAAGAUAAACAUACAAAAAUCAACUGGAUUCCUCUACACCAACAAAAAGAACAUCGAAGAGGAAAUCACCAAAUCAAUGCCAUUUACGGUAGCCCCCAAGAAGAUAAAAUACUUAGGAAUAAAUCUCACCACAGAUGUAAAAGACUUAUACAAAGAAAACUACAAUACCCUUCUGCAAGAAACCAAGAGAGACCUACAUAAACAGAAAAACAUACCUUAGUCAUGGAUAGGAAGACUUAACAUUAUAAAAAUGUCUAUUCUACCAAAAGCGAUCUAUACAUUUAAUGCAAUUCCGAUCCAAAUUCCAACAACAUUCUUUAAUGAGAUGGAGAAACAAAUCACCAACUUCAUAUGGAAGAGGUCCCAGAUAAGUAAAGCAUUACUGAAAAAGAAGAACAAAGUGGGAGGCCUUACUCUACCUGAUUUUAGAACCUAUUAUACCACCAUAAUAGUCACAACAGCCUGUACAACAACAGAUAUAUAGAUCAAUUGAACAGAAUUGAGAAUCCAGACAUAAAUCCAUCCACAUAGGAGCAGUUGAUAUUUGACAUAGGCCCCAGAGCAGUUAAAUGGGGAAAAGACAGUCUUUUUAACAAAUGGUGCUGGCAUAACUGGAUAUCCAUCUGCAAAAAAAAAAGAAACAAGACCCGUACCUCAUACCAUGCACAAAAACUAGCUCAAUAUGGAUCAAAGACCUAAAUAUAAAAUCUAAAAUGAUAAAGAUCAUGGAAGAAAAAAUAGGGACAACAUUAGGAGCCCUAAUACAUGGCAUAAACAGUAUAUAAAACAUUACUAACAAUGCAGAAGAAAAACUAGAUAA